AUGCCGCCGACCGAACAUAUCGAGGCCUUCAUGCGUCAAAUGAUUAUCGCUCAGGUCGACAGUAUGAAGAACGAAAUUCCAUCGCCUGCUGAGAUUGCGGCUCAAACGAGAAAGAUGAACUCGCUGAACGAGAAAUGCGUGAAGAACGCCGAACAGGCGAGAGCGCUUCAGGAGUACAUGCUCGUUCAGCGCAAUAAGACGCUCAACCAAUUCGCGGAGAUUGCCAAAUCUCGCGACGUGAUGAGACGCUUCACUCGCAUUCUUGAGACUGACGUCAACACUCUCAAGACGACCGCUCUGAAGAUGCAAGAGCUCAGAGAUAACCAGCGCAAGUUGUUCGAUGAGUCCAAUAAGUAUUUGGCGGCGAUUGAUAAGCGAAUCAACGAUCAUUUGAACGACGCGGCCAAUACAAUGCAAGUGUUGCGUGAGAUCACUUCGGCGCCAGCUGAUCAACCAGGACCAAGUGGAUUGAACAACCCACAGUAA